UGGACAGCGGAACUCUGAGAUCGGAUCGUGAUUUUUCUGGUUCUGGUGCUAAGACUACGAAACGAAGUAGUGACCUGUGAACUGGAGUACCGUUGAAAUUGAUGUGAUUAACCAAAUAAUGUACCACUUAUACAAAUCUAACUCACGAAGCAUUCGCAACUUUUGUACUAUUGUUAAAAAACCACCACUGCAAAGUUCCACAGGCAAUCAGAGACUUGUGCCUUUGAAGAGCACUACAUCAAAAAUUGAUUCCAGUAUAUUGCCCCCCAAAACCAAAGUAGAUGCUGCUACAAUAGCGUUACUAGAACGACUGUCUCUUGUUGAUUGUGAAAGCAGAGAAGCCAUCAAAACAUUGGAAGCUGCAUUGGAAUUUGCUGAUCAGAUAUUGCAAGUUGAUACAACAAAUAUUGAACCCCUAGUUUCUGUCUUAGAAGAUAAACCUUUGCAUUUGAGAGAAGACAAGGUUAAUGAGGGUAAUUGUAAAGAUAGUAUACUAAAAAAUGCAGCUUUAACUGAAGAGGAUUAUUUUGUGGCACCUCCUGGAAAUAUACCUUUAGAAACUAGAGAGGAUCUUUUGACUGAUAUUGAAGAUAUCAAUCAUGCUAAAUAAAAUACUAGAAUUAGCAUCUAAAAAUGGUCUUCUCAAAAAAACUCUUUUGCCCAAAGUUAAGAUAGAUCAGUUCAACAUUGGGCCUAUUGGUUUACUGUUGCAAAACAACCUGAAGUUGGAAUGGUUUUACAAUGUCAUUAUAAACAAAGACAUUACAGUAUUUCCAAGUGAUAAUAACAUGUCUGACACCUUUGAUUAUGCCAAAGAUUUCUGUUCACAGAAACUGCCAUUUGGAAUUGCUGAAAUGAAGGCCUAUAAAAAAUCUUAUAACUCUGAUGAAAUCAUUGAAUAUUAUAAGAAAGCUAUAGAUACUGAAAAAUUGUGUUUUGAAGAUUUGCUCAGACAUGAAGAAAAUAUGUUGAUGAAAUGUACUAUUUUUAUUACACCAAAUAAUUCUACAUCAUUUUUCCACCAGUGGCAGAGACAGAGAAGAAUGUGGUGGCGUAAGUUUUCAGCCUCACCAGGUAAGUAUUCUUUGAGUGAUAUCAGAAGUGAAGAGGAUGGUACACAAUUUGUAGAAAUAUCUGCAAAGUAUGACUGGGGAUCACAAUCUCUAGAGACUCUGGUUCUUGAUAAACAAGACAGAAAUUAUAGCAGCAAUCAACUACAGUUCAAAGAAAAGAAGUUCAUGCAAGCACACACAAUAACCAGUCAGGUUAAUUUAUCUACAAUACUCCUUAACUCAAUUUGUGAUGCAUUUGAUGAAGCUCCAUUCCAAGACAAAAAGAGGCUUUUGUUUAGAUUUCAUAGAAAACUGGCUCCUUAUAAAAUCAGCUUUGCAUUAUCUGGAUCCAAUCAAGCAUCACUAGCAGAACUCAAUGAUCUAGCAAUGUACUUAUGCAAACAGCUCAGAUCAAAUCACAUCUCAACUUUAUUCAUACCAAAUUCAUCAAGACUGACUCUAGACUCACAAUACCAACAAUAUGACCAACUGGGAAUUCCCUACACUGUGCUACUAAAUGGAAAUACCCUGAAAAAUGGUAUAAUUAGCUUGAGGAGCCGAGACACAACUUUAAAGGAGCAAAUUCAUGUGACAGAGCUAGUGCCCUAUGUGGAAAAGUUGUACAGAAACUAUUAAUUAAUGUAAAUAUUUAUGAGGUGAUCUAUUCAACAUGGUUAAUAUGUUUUUUUUAGGGUAAUACAACAACCUUUGAAAUACUAUGAUUUUUUU